UCCAGGUGUUGCCUAUAAAUUACUCUUAAAUAAUAUUAAUCACAUUUUAAAUCUUCACCUUGUACUUUAACUACAAGUUCUUUUCAGACGAAUGGCGACAUCACGUGGUAUCUGUUAGUUUUCUCAGCGCUGAUCAGGAUGGACCAAUCACGGUCGUUUGUGAUUACUUUGAAAAUCUUUUAAAGAAACGCGGAUUUCAAAUUAAUAAUUAUUACAAUUUUUAUUUUAACGGUUUAUACGUUCUUGUGUACAAAUGCCUCAAAUAACCCACAAAAUCCUGUCAAUCAAAAAAAAUAAAUAAAUAAAUAAAAUGAAUGUGUCUGAAUGGCAGAACAGUGCAGGGUUUGUCAUUCAGUGGCAAUAAGUCAUCUAGCUGAGUUAUUGUAGUAAUUCGGAUGCGUUUUGCGUUUGUUAGAAACUGAUAAGACUGUUUAACUCUUGUCAGUCAGAUGUUACUGUUGUUUAGUUGACCGCCGAGCGGCGCCACAAACGCGGUUGUAAAGCUCGCGCUAAACUGCGCUACUCUCAUUGUUCGGUCGUCACGUCAUGGAAAGAGUUACUGCGUUUGUGCUCAAAGUAAAGAAAUAGUUUAUGAAAAACUCCUCACGGGCCUGUUGAAUCACUUCUCGAAGGGAUUAUUAUGAACACACAGCGAUCUGAACUGGAUCUGUGGAUUAAAAAGGUGCUUUAGAUGUACUUUUUGUUCUUUUGUUGGCGGAAUGCAAAGGAUACGUUUAUUUCCCAUCCCUGUCUGGGACGAAAUGUUGAGAUAAUGUUUUCAUCUGGAAUUUAGUUCAGCCGGACUUGCAAAACAGAUGUUUGUGUUUGUUUUUUAAUACUUUGACAGCAUGCAAAAUGCCUAAAACUAUUAUAUAGUUAUUAUGAGACACUGAACUGAAUGUGUUUGCCGGUGUCUCGGUUCUGUUGGACGGGAUUUGUGGAUUUAUCGGUUUAUUUUUUUUUUUUUGCGGCUGAAGAUUCUGGUUUUGUGGAAUAAUGAAACGGCAUAAAUUAAGGGAAGUUGGAGAAUAACAACCUGGAAGGGAGUUCCAACAUGUAAUGCUUUAUUUACAAAUGUAGCAUAUUGGAGAUUGUUUCCCAGGGGAAAAAAAGAUUCCUGUUGUCUUCUUCAUGGUCAGUAACUUUAAAAAAGUGAUCUUUAUCAUAAAGAAUAUUGUUCACCAACAGCCUCAAAACUGCUAGUUUUGUUAAAGUACUAUGCAUGUAUUAACAAGUACUGCUGUACUAUAUAACCAAAGUUUUAAGUUAUCAAACAGCCCUGGUUUUGUUAGAUUUGAUCUGUACAGUCUGAUAUGAGGUAAGGAACUUUAAUUGUGGCCCACUUUUGUGCAUCUGGCUUGCAAAGUUACAAAAAUGUCGUUGAGAGCCAAAGCCCUCUACACUUUCCAAAGUGAGAACAAGGAGGAGAUCAGCAUCCAGGAGAAUGAGGAGCUGGUGAUUUUCGAAGAGAACUCUGUGGACGGCUGGCUACAAGGAGAGAACAGCCGGGGAGAGCGAGGCCUGUUCCCCGCCUCGUACGUUCAUAUCAUCCGGAACCGAUCCGGGUCCAAUCUGACAGAUCAUUCCCUCAGCUCCCCUGGAAGCUCUCCUGGUAAGGAUUUAUCGUACAUCCAUACGCCUUCCACGACCCUGCCGAGCGACGACGAUGAAGACUGGCAGGACUGGGAUGAAACCUCAACGGUGGUUGAGGAUGAAGAUCCUUGGAGAGGUGUUGGCGCCAAUGGACAUUCCCAAAGUCCGUAUUCCAACCCCAACGUCCACUACCGGCCAAAGCCAUAUAUGGAGCGCCAGGACAGCAUGUCCAGCAAUAGAAAGGGCAGCAUGGUGGGCAGGAACUUGAACCGAUUCUCCAGCUUUGUGCGCUCAGGUGUUGAGGCCUUCAUACUUGGCGACGUUCCAAUGAUGGCCAAGAUCGCAGAGUCUUACUCUAUCGAAAUGGGCCCCCGGGGGCCUCAGUGGAAGGAGAACCCUCAGCCCUUCAUCUGUUCAGUUGAAGACCCCACCAAACAGACAAAGUUCAAAGGCAUUAAGACGUACAUUUCGUAUCGCGUCACCCCCAGUCACACUGGCAGGCCGGUGUACCGCCGCUACAAGCACUUUGACUGGCUCUACAACCGACUACUACACAAAUUCACGGUAAUUUCCGUGCCGCACCUUCCCGAGAAACAGGCCACGGGACGAUUCGAGGAAGACUUUAUUGAGAAAAGGAAGAGGAGGCUUAUUUUAUGGAUGGACCACAUGACCAGCCACCCCGUUUUGUCUCAGUACGAGGGUUUCGAACACUUUCUCAUGUGCGGAGACGACAAACAGUGGAAGCUCGGGAAGAGGCGAGCGGAAAAGGACGAGAUGGUCGGGGCUCAUUUCAUGCUCACCUUCCAGAUUCCCAACGAGCACCAGGACCUUCAGGACGUGGAGGAGCGCAUUGAUUCCUUCAAGGUGUUCGCCAAAAAAAUGGACGACAGCGUGAUGCAGCUGACGCACGUCGCAUCGGAAUUGGUUCGCAAACAUCUCGGAGGUUUUCGGAAGGAGUUCCAGAGGCUGGGAAACGCCUUCCAGUCCAUCAGCCAGUCGUUCCUGCUGGAUCCUCCGUACAGCUCGGAUGCUCUGAGCAACGCCAUCUCGCACACAGGCCGCACCUACGAGAACAUCGGGGAGAUGUUCGCCGAGCAGCCCAAAUACGACCUGUUUCACAUGCUGGAUAAACUGUCGCUGUACCAGGGCCUGCUGUCCAACUUUCCAGACAUCAUCCACCUACAGAAAGGUGCUUUUGCUAAGGUGAAGGAGUCUCAGCGUAUGAGCGACGAGGGGAAGAUGGACCAAGAGGAAGCGAAUGGCAUUCGUAAACGCUGCAGGACUGUGGGUUUCGCCCUGCAGGCCGAGAUGAACCACUUCCACCAGCGGAGGGAGGUGGAUUUUAAAGAGAUGAUGCAGGCGUAUCUCCGCCAACAGAUCGCCUUCUACCAGCGCGUAGGUCAGCAAUUAGAGAGAACCCUCCACAUGUACGAUAACCUCUAGAGCCUUUGGCGUCUGGACUGUAAUGGAGAUACAACACUCCUGUGGACGGAUAUACAAGGGGUUUUUUAUUCCCAGAAUUGGAAUUUUCUAAUUCCAGACAGGAUUUUUAUUUUUUUUUUUGCAAGAGAAAAGGGACAUUCUCACUUCUGCACUUAAAAAUGUCACUUUUAACCCCAGAAACCAACAAUACAGUUGCCUUUGAUAAACUAUUCAUGUAUAUCUUCAUGUUUUGAAUUUUAUUUAAAUAUCUGUUAGAUCAAUGUUACACUUUUUAUCCAUAUUUUUCUUCUUCAGAACUUCAAAACAGAGUCAGGUGUGCAAAUGACGUUGCCUGUGCUUUAGCAGGCGCAGACGCUAAUCAGACUCAAAAAAACAGUCUGGUCAUGUGACACAAAGUUGUUUACAUAAUAGUUUGCCAAAAACACAAUUAUUUCUUUAAAAAAAAGCAAAUUGCGACACAGUGUCUUAUUCAGGCGCAAUGCAAAAAACAAAAUUGUCAAAUGCUGAACGUUAGAUUUUCUAUUUAUGGCUUGUGUUGAGUUGCUCCGCCCACACUGAAAUCUCAUUGGUCCAAAAGCCUAUUUUAUCACUGCAAAAAAUAAUUUUAUUUAGUAAUUUGGUCUUAUUUUCUGGUACAAAUAUCUAAACACUCGAUAAGGAAAAAAUUGGGGGGGGGGAUCAAAGUUAAUUUCCUAGAAAUUUUAGGAAACGAUUAAUUUGCUUCUCAAGUAAAUGUAUCUUGAUUUAAGAAUGUUUAGAUAUUUGUACUGGAAAUCAACAGAAAUACUAAGAACAUCAUUUUUGCAUCAAAAUAACUUGGUCUAAUUGGCUUGGAUUUGUUGUUUCGUGCAACAUUUCACUUUCAGUGACUGCAGAAAUAUGACUUGAUGCUUGAAAUGUUCAGUUGCCCAAAUUUGCUUGGACUAGAUGAGCAAGAAAUAAACCCACAUAGCAGGUUCAUGUGGUUUUGCUAACUUCUAGGAAGUUUAAUCAGAUAAAAUGUUAAUCCAGCUCCCCUUCAGGCGGAAGACGAUUCCUGAGUUUACGUGAAAUGCAUGGGUCUGAUUUGAUACAGAGAUCAGAUGUGACGGUCAUAUGAUAUUCAUCAGUGAUUCAGAUGAAUAACACCAGGCUUCUUCGACGCUGUAAUCUGUGGUCCGGUACUAAUUUUUCCAAGUGUUAUUAAGACAAAACAUGUUUUUAUGAAUUCUUGGCCAAGAAUCCCCACCCAGAGACUCUGAAUAUCAGAUGGAAACACUUCAGUAUUAGCAUUAGCAUUUAGCCUAAAUGUUUGUUCAGGGUGUUUCUAAAGCAAAAGGGAGCUCUUAUCCUCCUCUUCUCCUUUUUGUGUGCCCUCAGGAAAAACUUGAGAGGACUUUGAGCUUAUGUUAAUGCUUUUUGUUUUAAUUUCCUCAGAAGUAGGCUAAUCUUUAUUUUUAGUUUUAGUCGCUAGGUUUAAGGGGUACAGAGGUUUGUGUAAAUCUCAAGGCUGCAAUCGAAGUUGACUCUGUGGUUAAGAGUUGUGAUUUUUACAAUGCUUUUGGUUUAACUGUAAAAAGUCUCAAGUUUCAGAUUGUAAACUUGGAUGUUUACCGUUUGCACAGUAACUGAGGACCAAAAUUUAAACCUUUGGGUUUACUGUCGUUUUGCUUUAUACAUGUUAAAAAAUGGAGCAGAUUUUACGGAAGCCAUUUCCUUUAUGGAAUUAGAUAAUAAAAAGCUAACUGUGACUUUUUAAUAUCACGAUUCUUUAACAUUACUUUUUAUAAACUCACAGUUGAACUCAGAAUCUCGCAAUUCUAAGAAAAAAAAAAAAGAGAAAAAGUUGCAAUUUUUUAUUCUGUGGUGGAAACAAAAAAUGUGCAAUUGUAAGAUUUAGAGAGAAAAUUCAGAAUUGUGAGAUUUAAACUCGUAAUUCUGAGGAAAAAGUCUGAAUUCUGAAUUGCAAGUUUAUAUCAAAACUGAGAUAAAAAGUCAUAAUUAUCUUUUUAAUUUUUUUAUUAGUGUUGGAAACAGGCUUCCAUAUAUUUUAGCUCAAGCAAUGUAUUAAUAAAUAAUAGUCAACAUGAAAUAAAAAUCAACCUUGUUUACUUUCUUAAUACACAAAUGCCAUUUUUCAAUAGAUAAACAUACAUUUUUCUUUCAAGGUUUUUUUUUUACACCAAAACAUGUUGCAUUAUGAAUGCAUUGCAAACUGCAUUUCAUGUUGACUUUAGCAUGAACAACCUGAAGAAUAUUUUUAAGAACUGACCAGUCUUGUGGUUUGCAGAACCGCUGUGUUUUAGUGUCCAGAUGUUUAUGUGCCCGCAGAAGGAAAUGUUCAUCGUUUUCGAAUCGGUUAAAGCAACGGCGAGCGAUCCCGAAGGGGAUUUUUUUUUCUGGUAACUGGGAAAAAAUGCACAUAAACAAAAGCCCCUGCUUUUAAUUCUCUGGAAAACCUUGGAACGUAAACAGACUGUGUGUCGGGGGUUGCGUGUGUCCACUUGGCGACUUCACUCACAUUCCGGGAUACAGCUGAGCUCAAACGCACAGCAGAGUUCCUCACGCUUUAGUCAUACCAAAGCAAAGACGGGUUUCCAUGACUUAUCCAAAUAUUACAUUUGCUUAAUGAUCUUUUCGCGUUUUGUAGCGGCAGUGUCACAUCUGAAGACGGAUUACACGCAUUCUAAGAGAAAUAGGUGUUUUAAUGAGCUGAAAUAUCAAGAAACUAAGGACAACAACUGCAGAAAUGGACACAAAAAUGUUUCUUGGGGAAGGGCAGACCUCACACGGAUGAUUUUGGACUCUUUUAGGACGUGUGAGGCUGUGUCCAGCACAUUGCUCUGUGUUUACUCACUGUAAGGUGGACAGUAGAAUUUAUAUAAUGUGUAGAUUUUACACUUUUUACACAUUCUGGUGUUCAACAGGGGAUCUGAAUAAAGAGAUCUCAAAAUGGA